AUGGUAAGGAAGUGGAAGAAAAUGGCCGGCAUUGAUCGGAGGAGAGCCAUCCCACUGCCAAAACAGAGCUAUAGGCAAACUCAUAAGGGUCACUUUGUGGUAUAUACCGCCGAUAAGAAGCGGUUUGUGGUGCCCUUGGCUUGUUUGGGCAGCAAAAUCUUUAAAGAGCUAUUCAGAAUGUCUGAGGAGGAGUUUGGGCUACCGAGGGAUGGGCCAAUCACUUUGCCGUGCGACGCAGCUUUCAUGGACUACGUUAUCUCAGUGGUCCGAACCAGCUGUGUCUCAGAGCUCGACAUGAUCAUGGCAAUGUCGCUACCCUCUUGUGCAGCAGUCUCUGAAGGGUUAAGUUGUCGUCAAAUAUCCAUCCAUCAUCCAUGGCUUCUGAUGCAUGCAUACAUGUAG